UUUUCUUAUCCACCACCACCGCACCGCUCUCUGAUGACAUGUCAGCUUCUUCUUGGCACACUCUCACCAGCCUCACCGCCCUCUCUUCCUUGACCUCAAAACGCCGUCGUAUUCUUCCCUCACCACCUCACUCCCUCACAGCUCCCCGCUGCUCUUCUUCCCUCACCGGCUUCCGAGAAAUCUCCGCCGAGCCUAAGCAGCCCCAGCCCGACGCUACAAGCUUCACCGAAGCGCUCAAGAAGCAAAACGACGUCGCCUCGCGGAACAAUGAAGACGACGAAGACGAAGAGGAUCAGGCAAUUUCCAAAGUUCCGGUUCCCAGGCAGAAGUACAUCCCGGUCUCCAAGGCCGAGCUGCUAGACGGCGUCGUUUCGAAGCUCUUUCCGGAUGAUGACGGUGAUUUGGAGCAGUUUCUUCUUCUCUCUAAGUGCUUGGAUUCGAUUCUGCAUGCGGAGCAUAAGAGCAUAUUGGAGGAAAUGCGAGCCGAUUAUUUGGAUUCGAAUUCUGUGGAGUACAAGCAAGCAAUGGAGGAGUUCAGUGAAGAAGCAAUGGCUAAGGGGAUCAAUGGAGUUGGGAGUGUAGAUGGAAAUGAGAGUGAUGACAAUGAAGCUGAAAACUCGAUGCGGUUCGAUUAUGUUGAGGGAUUGAGGAAACUGUUGGGGUCUUCAGUUAAGGACGUCAAAAGGGUUGCUGUUGCCACUCGUUUCCAGCGCUCUUUCAUGCAGCUUUUGUAUGACGCUCAGUUUGAAGAACUAUCAGCGAGGGAUUUAAUGCUGACAUCUGCAUUGAACUCAGAUUACCUCCUUACUUUGCCAAUAUAUGUCGACUGGAAGAAGGCUUCCGAGUCCAAUGCAAUAAUAUACAGGCGGGGAUAUGCAACUGAAAGGCAGAAGGGUCUACUACUUGUUGAAAAACUGGAGUACAUACAGUCCAAACUUCUACGAGGAAUCUUCUUCAUUGUAUCAAAACCAUUGGGGGAAAUUGGGAGCUGGAUAACAGAGUCAUUGAAAGUUGCUUCUCAGACACCAGAGGUACAAGAUUGGACUGAAAAAAUGAAAGUUUGGCUAAAGGAACUCUCUGUUUUUCAGCAAGCAUUUCGUACUAACGAACAAACAUCCGAUGAUAUGCUGGGGGUAGAUCAACUAUCAGAUAGGGAACUUCCGAUAUGGCUGGCAGCACAGAGAGCUGUAUCUCGUUAUGAAGGAAUAUUAUCACCAGUUGGACCCCGUGGAAGGCUCUUAAGGAAGUUGCUUUCAUGGAUUGGACUUAUUUCCCUUACCCCAGAAACACCAUUUGAGCUUGAUGGCGAUGCUAAUGCUUCUGAUCCUUAUGCAAGGCCCAUCUUCUUAUCAAGGAGAUCACUCAGUGACAUAUGGAGACCUGCUUCAUGGAAAUACUGUGAUAAGAAUAUUUGGAAAAUGUUGAAGACUUCUGUAUCCAUUCUUUUCUCAAAGUCAAUCCUCCAGGAAGCAGCAUAUCAAGAAUUGAUUUUGCUUUAUACCAAAGAACGAGUUGACAGGAACACUGAAGAUAGUGCUUCGGUUCCAUCGUUGCAGUUAAAGAUUUAUGAGAAAAUCCCUAUUCCGGAUCUACCAGUCAUCUUUCCCCACAAAAAGCUCUCUUUCCGUAUCAUAGACACGGUACGCUUGGACAUUGCUUCAACAUUGGCUCUUUCAGCGUACUUCAUAAACUACAAAUUUGUUAAUGUGUUAUCUUCGCCGUCAGCAAUAUAUCUUGAUGUGGUCGCUAUUAGUGCUCUUGUAAUAUAUAUCUCCCGUGUGGUUCUGGGAUACAAACAGACCUGGGAUAGGUAUCAACUUUUGGUCAACACGACGCUUUAUGAGAAAACCUUAGCUAGUGGAUUCGGCUCAGUUCAUUUUUUGCUGGAUGCUUCUGAACAGCAACAAUACAAGGAAGCGAUUUUGUCAUAUGCAAUCCUUCUCAAAGCUAAGGAGGGAAAGCUUACAAAUCGUGAGAGUGUUGGGGACAAAUGCGAAAGAUUUAUGUAUGAUGUGUUUAAAGUAAAGGUUGAGAUGCCAGUUGACAAGGCAAUUGCUACAUUAUUAAGACUGGGGCUUGCUGCAGAAACAAGUAUCGAUGGACGGAGUACUCUAGAGGCUAUUUCCUGUUCCAGUGCAUACGAUUCCCUUAAACAACGUUGGAAUAGUUUACUUGAUCAAGAUUGAUUUUUGCCAGCUCUUUAGCCAUACAAGUCAGGACAAAUGAUUCUGAAGAGUGAAGAGUGUAGGAGAAAUUUAUAGAAAAUAGGUGAUCAUGUAAUUGCAUAUGUAUAGUAUCAUAGCAAAAGGUUGGAAAUCUCUUCCGCCGGUAAUAAGAGCAUACUCUCUUCAUC